CAAUAACACGCAUGCGCCGCAUCAAUUUUUUCCUUUCUUUUGGAUGGAGUAGAACUAACGGUAGCAAGAUUCUUUCCUUCCAUCUCGUUACCUUCUUUCCGAUGCCUUCUCCUUCUUUACGGUGUUUCUUGUAACCGUCAUCAUUCCGCGACACAGCCUUCAUGUAUCCUUGGUCCGUUGGACCCCGCUGGAAGUCACUCGACCGGAAGGCAUCUGUCUUUACCGUGAUCAGCUAGACGUUAACUUUGAGCCUGAGUGGGACGCCAGCUAGCGUUCUUAUCUCAAGUAUGGAGUCUAUCAAUAUUGGAAGUAGCAUCAAGGUCGACGUGCUCCCGGUGGGUUUCUCGGCCAAGGAUGUUGUGGAGAAAUACCAGAAAGAAGGAAAAGAGUCCUACUACGGUGUGGAUUUGGGUGCUGUUGUUCAGAAGCACGAGCAGUGGAAGACACAUCUCCCCCGUGUUGCUCCAUUCUACGCUGUGAAGUGCAAUGAUGACCCCAUCCUCGUGCGCUUGUUGGCUGGUUUGGGAGUUGGCUUUGACUGUGCCAGCAAGAUCGAAAUCAAAACUGUCCUUGGUCUUGGGGUGUCACCAAGCCGAAUUGUGUAUGCCAACCCAUGCAAAUUCAAGUCUCACCUGGAGUAUGCCGAGAAGGAAGGGUGCUCCCUAAUGACAUUCGACAACAAACUUGAGCUGGACAAGGUCAAGAAAAUCUAUCCUGGAGCCAGGUUGCUUUUGCGCAUCCGGGCUGAUGAUCCUGAUGCUAUCUGCCAGCUCGGUGUGAAAUUUGGAGCUGAUCCUGCUAAUGCACCCAGCCUCUUGCAGCGUGCCAAGGAUCUUGACCUGAAUGUUGUUGGUGUCAGCUUUCAUGUUGGCAGUGGUUGCCAGAACGCUACCGCCUUCUCAGAUGCCGUUGCAGCAGCUGCCAAAGUGUUUACCGUGGGAGAAGAGCUGGGCUACCAAUUCAAUAUUCUUGACAUUGGAGGAGGAUUUCCUGGUACUGAUUCUGUGAAGAUCUCCUUUGAGGAGAUAGCUGGUGAGCUGAAUCGGUCCUUGGAUGAGCAUUUCCCGGAGUCGUGUGAUGUCUCCAUCAUUGCUGAGCCGGGAAGAUUUUACGCAUCUGCUUGCGCUACCCUAGCCGUCACUGUCUCGAGCAUACGUGAAGUGGAGCAGCCAGAUGGCAACUCGUCCUACAUGUACUAUGUUAGUGACGGAGUUUAUGGCUCGUUCAAUUGUAUCCUCUUCGACCAUGCCGAGGUCUUCCCAAAAAUUGCCUUCCGUGAUACAGAGGAUGUUGAUGCACGUACAUGCAGUAUUUGGGGCCCGACAUGUGACUCCAUGGAUGUCAUCCUGAAGGAGACUAAGCUACCGCCAUUGGAAAUUGGCGAUGUUCUGUAUUUCGAAGAUAUGGGUGCUUACACCAAAUCGUCCUCAUCGACCUUCAAUGGUUACUCCACUCCGGACUGUUACUACUAUGUAGACAACUCCUCAAAGGAGGCAGUUUCUAACGUCCUAUCUCCUGGCAGCCCUUUGCAACUGGUCGUAAAUGUAUCCUAAGCUGGAUAGUCUGCACCCUAAUAGACACGUCAUCUGCUUAAUUUUCUUUUAAAAAUUUCCUGUCUGUAUUAAAUUAACACAAAAUCCAUGCAAAAGCACAAACCUAUAUCAACAAAUCAUAUUUUAUCAUGUCAAAGAUAUCCGUCUUUGUUGCUAGAGUGGCAACUUCCUCCUUGUGUUUCGUUUCUGACCAUUUUGUAUGUUUCUUACUGGCUCCUUGACCUAUACUUUGCUGUAACUUGUUAUAUUCUUGAGCAGAAGCUAUAUCUUCUAUUGCUCAAAUGAUUAUGUUGUGUUUUUGUGAUGUUAUGGUCCCUGUCACCCUGUAGUGCUUCAAUGACUGUUGUCUGUGUGAAUGUGCUGAAUGCAACGCCCCGUCCCUUCAGCAGAUUUGUUGAAUUUUUCAGGUUUGACUUUUGCUUGUUCUCUUUAAGCUGGUGUUAUCCAUAGAGCUGUUAGUUCCACACUUUCUUAGUAUCCCUUUGCAGCAGUGCCUUCAAAGUGGAUGUAUUGCUAGUCUUUGGUUUGUGCAACCCACCAUCAUCUAAGUGGUGCAAAACAACCUUACUUUCUGUGUGAACUGUCCUGCGUAUUGUACAGCCGAUUUUCAUGCUGUGUCUACUGUACAUUUGUGUAUAAUAUUAUGUAGACUCCACCCUUUCGUUUUGAGGUGCUACAGUAUUCAGUGGCGUGUACAGAUGGCUCAAUAACUUGCUUCAGUUUUCAGCAGGAAGAUCAUACAGUGUGUUCACUUCCAAGCAGGUCCCCAACUGUAUUUUCAUGUAGAAGUACUGCUAAGUUAUUUUUCAGCUGAUUUACUUUGUACCAGAUAUGUCUUGUACAAUGUCAUAAUUUUGAUGUUGUCCACUCACCUCCAUUGUACAGAGCCUGAGAGGAAAUGUGUUGGGUCUCUUGGUUCGCCCUGAUUCGA